GCGCGGCUCCGCCGCUUCCGGCCCGUCACGUCCGCGGGAAGCGGAGCGCGGAGCCGGCGCGGCCAUGGCGCCCAAGGGGAAGGCGGGCACCAAGGGCAAGAAGCAGAUCUUCGAGGAGAACCGGGAGACGCUGCGCUUCUACCUCCGCAUCAUCCUGGGGGCCUCCGCCAUCUACGCCCUGGUGAACCUGGUCAUCUUCUACCCCGCCGCCUCCGCCUGGACGUGGCUCGCGUUCGCCUUCAGCUCGGUGGUCUACGGCACCAGCUACCGGUCCAUGAACUCCAUGGCAAAGCCGUCUUUCACAGACGAUGGCAGCCUUGCCGACGGGGGAAUUGACCUGAAUAUGGAGCAGGGGAUGGCAGAGCACCUCAAGGAUGUGAUCCUGCUGACAGCUAUAGUCCAAGUGCUGAGCUGCUUCUCACCCUACGUCUGGUACUUCUGGCUCUUGGCUCCGGGGCGCGCGCUCUACCUCCUCUGGGUGAACAUCCUGGGGCCCUGGCUCACAGCAGAGGCUUCACCCACCGCCCAGGAGCCCAACGAGAAGAAGCAGCGCCGACAAGAACGCCGGCAGAUGAAGCGUUUCUAGCCCUGGCCUGGGGAUAGAUAACGUGAUCUCUCAUCUCCACGCUGUUGUUUCAUCAGGGAUGCGACCGAAACCAAUCCGAAACCACCGCAGUAGCUCUCGCCCCUCUGCCACUGCUGCCAUUCCGCUCGAAAGGCCGCAAGAGACUUCCCUUGGUUGGGUCUUGGUGCCGGCUGAGGCCUUGCUCCUUGGGAUGACAAGGUGGGGGGGUGAUGCUGGGAUGUGUGUAAAUACCUUUUUAAAGCAGUGCUGUAUCGCGUUCGAGGUUGGGGAGUGCAAUGUUGGAGGAAAUAGUACAUUAAAGAGCAGAGUCUAAUUGAC